GUAAUUGUGAUAAAUCAAUGGAGCCGUCGGUGACUUUUCUUCUGACAGAAGAGGCGAUGGUAGGCCGUUGCGGAGGCGAGAUGCCAGAGGCGAUGCUGCUUUCUCACCUCCAUCGCCGGCUCCUGUUCCUCAUUUCCUUCCUCCUCAUAAUCCCUCAAGUCGCACCGGCGAUCGCAGAAGAACUUGCUUUCCAUGGGUGUCAGUGGACAGAAUCUUGUCAAAGCAAAUGGCUUGGUGGUUGUGGUGCUGGGUUUGUGGUAGCUGAUCAGUCAGAGAACUGCAAUGGUCUUUGUGGAGAGUCGAGUUACCCUCCAUGCCUUCCCUUCUACACACACUUCCAUUGUUGUAAACCCGAGCGCCCAAGGGUAACAAGCAAGUGCUCAAGAUGCAACAACAAGCUAGACUUUGGUGAUGAGUAUGUAUGUUGCACUGAUUGUUCAGAUCCUUAUCUAAUGGAUAAGAGCAGCAAAUUUGGUUUCUGCAAAACUGGUGCAGAGCUUGCUAUCCAAUUAAAACCACAAGAAAUUUUUAAGUGGGUUGCUGGGCCAUGGAUGAAGUGCUCUUCUCCUUGUGAUGGCGGAAUUCGCUAUAGAGAUGUUGGCUGUUAUGGAAGUAUCACUGAUUCAUCCAUCAAGCACUACCCGGUGGAUGAUAGUAGGUGUCCAGGCCAAGAAAUGCCUGCUAGGCAGGAGGUUUGUAAUCUGCAAAGUUGUAUAGAUUUGAGCGCCAGUGAUUCAAAUGAGAAGUCAAGCGGGAUGUCGGGAUGGUUGGUUGCUUUUCUUGUUCUUGUUGUGCUUGUGGCCAUAGGAGCGGUUGGUUUUGCUGGCUACGUUUACUACAAGAGGAGAUCCUCUGCGCCAAGUGGCUUUGUCUAUAUCAUGCUGGAAGGAUAUUCUUGAACAGGACUGAUCCCUGUGGCAGAAUUGUCUUGAUAGGAAAUUUCUUGUAUAUCUUCUCUAAUGCUUGUGAUUGUGUGUUUCAGUUGUUCCAGUCCAUUUAUUCUGCAGAUUUAUCACACAUUGUCGUGAUUCUUCAAUAUGAGGUGAUGGUCACUUGCACAAGAUGACCGUAAAGAUUGUUCCAGUUAUGUGCUUGUGAUUCAGGCAACUAAAACUUACAUGGUAUGCCCCUCACGCCUCCUACUCAAAAGCUCUUCAGUGUGUGGAACAAUGUGAUUAUGGGUAACUAAGUUUUUUAAUGCUAUUUUGAUUAUUGGUAACUAGAGUUGUAGACGAGUUAAGAGCCUUAGUUUAAUGGUGAAGUUAUUACUAUGAUAAAGUUACUACUGUGCGACUUGAACGUCACAUAUUCGAAUGACGGAAA